AUGGAAGUGUCCCACUAUCACUCACGAACCACUUCCAACCUGCUCAUCAACCGAAGCAACUGUCGCAAUACCGAUCACGCUCGACGCAGAACAGACAAGUUCUCCGACAUCGUAAUCAAAUCCGGCGACCUCGAAUUCAAAUGCCACAAGGUCAUCCUCUCCUUCGCUUCCGGCUACUUCGCCAGCCUUCUCGACUUAGGCUUCAAAGAGAGCACUCAAGACGUGAUCGAACUGAAGGAGGACUCGCCGCGAGCUGUUGCGGCUAUCCUACGGUACAUCUACACGUUCGACUACGGCUCUAUCCCCGACACGCAUAGCGCGGAAUCGACAGCAAAGUUCCACCUCGAUGUCCACGCCGCUGCCAAUAAGUACGGCCUGCCGCGACUGGCUGAGAAGGCGCUUGCCAAGCUGGAUCAACACAUCACGACCAUCGAUACGCCCGCGGCAGACAAGGAAGCAAAGGCCGCGCUGCUUCACUUCUACAAGCGACUUCUGCAGUAA